GGAGCUUCUACUCGGUUUCUAAUAAAACCAGGAAGAUCCGUCCCAUGUUACAAAGGUGGUUUUCAGCUCUCUGCAUUUGCAUGUUAAACACUGAAGUGAAGAAGAGGCGAGGGUGAGAAAUGAACGACAGGGGCUAGGGUUAGGGUGGACGUUGAAAUUCUGUGAGCCUGUUUGACAAUAUUUCCCCCUCUCGGCCUCUGUAGCCGCCUGUGCACCAGCGAAAUAGCUACUUCCCUCCCCUGCGGUCAGCGUCAGGACUUUGCAAGACCUGGCCAAGUGAGCCUGUAUCUUCAUGUCUCCCUAAGUCUCAGGAAGCAGCAUUUCUGGAGGCAAAAAGGGACUGUUCAGCUCCAAAAUUCCCUCCCAAUGGUGAAAAGGAAAGUACAAGCCCUCCCUCCGCCUCCACUCUGAGAAGAAGGCUUCAGGGUUGCCUGGGCUUUGGUAAUAAAAGCGGAAAGUGUAAACGGCUUGGUGAUUACUGGCUUUCGCCCUUGGACAGAGAAAUGAGAUCACGAUUUUCAUGGACAGGAACCGCCGCCGCCGCGGAGGCCGCUGCAUCCCCUCCCAGUGCGGGUCGCGCAUUACAUCACCGGUGAGCUCUGGCUUGCAGGGGGGAGAGGAGGCUUCGCCAGGGACUCAGCCCCAGACCUGGGAAGGACAAGGAUAAAAGGGGUGGGGGCGAGGUAGAGGGGAAAACAAGACCAGGCUUCCCCCCACUGCCCUGAGAGUGGCUUCGAAGGGCGGGGGUGCUGCAAAGGCGCCACAUCUCUAAGUGGCCGCACCCCGAAUCCGCUUCCCGCAACGUGCCGCCCCCCGCCCCAGGAGCCCUCAACUCCCAAUUCCAAGAAAAAACAAUAUCCAAAGCUGUCGGCAGCGCUGUCUUGAGAGGUCCCAGGGGGACGGCAGAGAAGCUCCCAGGGCUGGGAGGACUCCAGGCGCCCGCCUCUGGUGGGAGCGGGCGCAGUGGUCGCCGGGGCGCCCCCCGCCGGGCUCAGCCAGCGGUGCCUCCCCCGCCAGGACACAGCAGCCAGAGGGGGGAGGCGGAAGCGCCUCCUCCCCGCUCGGAGCCGACCCGGCGGCGGCAGAGGGGGAGGAAGGCGCCUCACCUGGCCCCCGAUGAAGGGCGGAUCAUGCCAUGGCAGCGCCGGCGAGCGACAGCGGCAGUGGCGGCGGCGGCGGCGAGCAAAGCCCAACCAGCAGCCCUGGGAGCUCCACAGGAGCCGGGGGCGCUGCGGCAGGAUCCCGGGACAACCGGGACUCGGGAGGCCGAAGCGCAGUGGUGACAGUCCCCGGUCUCCCUCCGUUCGAGGACUACGAGUGCAAAAUCUGCUACAACUACUUCGACGCGGACCGGCGCGCUCCCAAGCUCCUGGCGUGCCUGCACACCUUCUGCCAGGAGUGUCUGAGCCAGCUGCAGCUCCGCGCCGCCGCCGCUGCCGCCGCCGCUACUGCGCCUGAGCGCCCACCGCCCUGGCACAGCCCUCCCGGCGCCAUCGCGUGCCCAGUGUGCCGCCACCGCACGCCGCUGCCGGACAGCCGCGUGCACGGCCUGCCUAACAACACCAAGCUCGCGGAGGCCUACCCGCUGGCCCUGCGCGCCGCGCAGGAUCCGCUGCCCCAGGACCGCCUCCCGCCGUUGCCCACUCGCCGCCCAACGCCCGCGCCGACCGCGCCGCCCGCGCCGGCCGCCGCGCCAGCGCCACCCAGGGAGGAAGCCGCCCGUGGGCCACGCGCCCGCGCCGCUCUGCGCGCCCCAGGCGCCUACGAGAGCUGCCACAACUGCAAGCGCGCAGCGCUCACCGCCGGCUGUGUGUGCGUCGUCUUCUCCUUCCUCUCCAUGGUGGUGCUGCUCUUCACCGGCCUCAUCUUCGUCAACCACUACGGCGGCGGUGGCGGCGGUGGGGGUGGGGGUGGGGCAUCCCCGGGCGGCGGGGCGCCCCCUGGCGCGGCCCCAGCUACCGGGUCUCCCUCACCCGUGGGGCCCAUCUGCCUGUCGGUGGCCAGCAUUCUGGCACUCUUCUCGGUUGUUGUCACUUGGCUCAUCUGCUGGCUCAAGUACCGACCCGAGGGCGCGGCCGCGGGCUCCGUCGGGGGCGGCGGCGGCCGCCGGAGGACCCGGGCAGCGGGUGGAGUUCGGAGGAGCGACACGUAGGGCACACGACAGGUCUCCUGCGCGCGUGCACCUUCAGCCUCGCGAGGCCGGAGAGGAGGGGACCUCUGGCUCGGUGCUCGCGAGGUUCUCUGCACUCUCCCUGCGACCCCUGACGCGCACCCCCUGGUCGCUCUGCCACAAUGGGGCCUUGGUUUUCAGCCUCUCGGGCUUUCCACGCUCCGCCUCCUCCUCCCGGGGCCAGAAAGAGAAAUCGAGGAGGCGGAGAUGCUACUGGGGAGUCCAUCUCUCCGAAAGUACAGUAUCAACCUCUGCUUCGGGCACCACCCUCAUCGUCGCCAGAGUUCUCAGCCAUCCCUCCCAGAGUCCGAAUAUUCGCGAAGGGAGCUGGAGAGGGGGGUGGGACCCCUGCCGCUCUGCCCGAUCACUGGUCUUCUGCCUGCUGUGACUUUAGAGUUUAAGGGUGCGGGCAUGCGCGCGCGGAGAGCUGCAGCAGUCGUGAAUGCACUUGCAUUGUCCAGAAGAAUGAAUGAGAUGUAAACGGGAGAAAAAUGUUUCCCCGCUUUCUGGCGGCGAUGGAAAGUGAGUAGGAUGGAGCGCUGAGAGCGGUAACCACUCCCCACCGGCACCGCACCGGCUGGAGCCGGGCCGCUGGGCGCUGCAAAGUCCAGUAACUACGGGAGAUCCGGCAG